CGCAGUCGCGUGGGAGUGAGAGAUGUAGGGAGGGAAGAACAGCCCAACAGUAGGGGAGUUGGGUGGAACGUAUAGUUAGCAGGUCCUUUAUUCUAAACCUCUAUUUCACGUACUCAUAAUUUGUUUUCUUGCCGUGAGAGAACGGAGAAGUGAAGAACGGAACGAGAGGUUGGAUGAGCGGCGUGAAGAGUUCUGCAGGGAUGGCGGCGGUGUUACCCAGGACCCUUGGGGAGCUCCAGCUCUACAGGAUCCUCCAGAGGGCCAACCUGCUGUCUUACUACGGGGCCUUCAUCCAGCAGGGUGGCGACGACGUGCAGCAGCUGUGCGAGGCGGCCGAGGAGGAGUUCCUGGAGAUCAUGGCCCUGGUGGGCAUGGCCAGCAAGCCCCUCCAUGUUAGGAGGCUCCAGAAGGCCCUGCGAGACUGGGUCACCAACCCGGCCCUGUUCAACCAGCCCCUGGCCUCUCUCCCUGUCUGCAGCAUCCCCGUCUACAAGCUGGAAGCUAAUGGUAAUUCUAAGGCUAACGCCCACAUCACGGUGCCCACUCUACUGGCGGCGGAAUGUGUGGGGGAGCCCAUUAGGGGUGCGGUGGCGUCAGGCGUGGGGGGCGAGGGACGAGGAUGUUCGGCCUCUGGGUCUCCAGUGCAGAUUGGCAGCGAACCUAGUUUCUGGGGCUCCUUGUCCUCGCGCGGCGGGGGAGCGGAGAGCGAGCGAAGCCUGUCCCCUGCUGAGAUGACCCUGGGUCUGGGUUCUCCCUCGCCGCCGUCCCCCCGCGGCGAGGAGGUACUAGAUGCCGCAGCGUUGAGGUCGCUGGCAGAGUGCGUGGAGCGGCUGGCCCAGGUGCUGCCCCGGAGCGACCCGUCCGAGGUGAAGGAGGGGCUGCGGGGCAACAAGAAGCUGUCCAAGGUGAUCUGCCACAUCCUGGACAUGGAGGAGGAGGACCCGAGGAGGGCAGAAGAGAUACGCAAGUACAGCGCAAUCUACGGACGCUUUGACUCCAAGAGGAAGGAUGGCAAGCACUUCACGCUUCACGAGCUGACAGUGAAUGAGGCAGCAGCUCAGUUGUGUAUGAAGGAGGUCUCCCUGCUGACCAGGAGAGAAGAGUUGUUUGGUCUGGCUAGACAGGUCUCUCGCGAGGUCACCUACAAGUACACCUACAGGACUAGCAAUACAGGGGAGGGCUUCUUCGACCUCCAGGAAGCCCUGCAGUCAAUCCACAUGAGAAGGGUGGCCCUGAGAGAGCAGCUGGCCACAGCCAAGUCUAAAGGAGAGGAGACUAUGGGGCGCUGCAUCCAGCUGCAGCUGGAGCGUCUGCUGACCAGACAGAUGGAGAUCCAUCACGAAGCGCAGGCCCAGGACAGACUGCAGGCUCUGGAGUGGAAGGUCCCUCUGGGGACCUUCAGGUUGAAUCACAACACUAACCCAGAACACCGUCACCAUGUCAACGGAGUCUCCACUGAUAGCACCAGUCUACCGCCAGGGGAGAGGCCACUGAACCUGCAGGUGGAGGGUCAAAAGUCGAAUGGAGACACACCCCUGGGGAAACAACUAGCCAAUGAGCUGAAGAGGCAUCACGGCAACAGGGAGGGAAAGACCCCGCCCACGAGUCACCAUAGCAAUGUCAAGUUCAAAACUCUGACCAUAGAAAAUGGGAACGGGGCUGACUUCUCCCAAGGGGCUCUCAGCCUUUCUGACAAGAAGACCAUCAAAUCAUAGCCAGAGGAUUCCAGAUAGCACCUCUUCUCCUCCUCCUCUUCCUCCUUGCGCAUCCCUCUUUCACAACACAGUCGUCGUUGGGCAAUACUAAACAAGCACAGCUGCAUUAGAGCCUUAACAACCAAUGUUGCCUCAAGAUAAGGGAUUUUACAUGUAGUUUCUUUUUUGCCAAAGCACCUAGAGAGCCUUUAUUUCUCUACUCGUAGAAGCCCAUUUUUUUGUAUUUUCACUGACUGUGUUGAUUCCCCCUCCCUUCCCUACUCUACCGUUCUCCUUUCUUACUUUCAAGACUGAUGGCGAGGAGUCUGUAGAUGUAUUUGUACAUACAGAGUUCUGACACUGAAAAGUGUUUAUUUGUCAUUGAUGUCAUAUAAUAUGUGCUGUAUAAAAUUAGGAUGUCAGUUACCAGGACAACACUAGAAGUUCCACCGACUUUGAGUCAACCAGGAUUUGGCUCAGAAAAGUCUUAUUUAUGUUGACAAAGUGCCGGGUUACCAUGGUGUUGCCAUGGUGUUACCAUGGUGUUGCCAUGGGUUGACUCAUCCAAGGUUCUAAUGGUGAUAAAAAAAAACUUAGAGGCUUUCAUUUAUGACACCAACUUAAAUAUUUAUUACAAUUCAGUGAGAGCCUUAAUUUGGAAUUUACAUAUGGGACGACAACAACAUUUACAUUUGUACCUUUAUUUAACCAGGCAAGUCAGUUAAGAACAAAUUCUUACGUUCAAUGAUGACCUAGGAGCAGUGUGUUAACUGCCUUGUUCAGGGCUGAAUGACAGAUUUUUACCUUGUCAGCUUGGGGAUUUGAUCUUGCAACCUUUCGGUUACUAGUCCAACGCGCUAACCACUAGGAUACCUGCCGCCCCAACAUAUGGGACGAUGACAACAUAUGGGGGGGGGGACAUAUGGGAUGGCAAAAUAUUUGGACGACAACAUAUGGGAUGACAACCUAUGGGACAACAAAGUACCAAAUUUGUAUAUUAUUGCAAGACAGUCUUCUGUGAUAACAUCGGGUGUGUAUGAUAGCUUCAAGAAUAAGCACAAGUAGGGAUUUUCAUGACAAGGGCCUCAGAGGCCAUAUAAAUGGAGACGUUGACGUACUCUGUCUUACUAAACGGAAGGGAAAUCCUAGAAGUAGUAGAGUCUGAACUACAAAACAGUAAUAACAGGGUCUACAUCCCACCUUCUCACUUUAACUAGUACAAAACCAAGUCUGUAUAAGUAGAGCAACACCGACGUCUUCUCACUUUAACUAGUACAAAAGCAAGUGUGUAUAAGUAGAGCAACACCGACGUCUUCUCACUUUAACUAGUACAAAACCAAGUGUGUAUAAGUAGAGCAACACCGACGUCUUCUCACUUUAACUAGUACAAAACCAAGUGUGUAUAAGUAGAGCAACACCGUCUUCUCACUUUAACUAGUACAAAACCAAGUCUGUAUAAGUAGAGCAACACCGACGUCUUCUCACUUUAAUUAGUACAAAACCAAGUCUGUAUAAGUAGAGCAACACCGACGUCUUCUCACUUUAACUAGUACAAAACCAAGUGUGUAUAAGUAGAGCAACACCGUCUUCUCACUUUAACUAGUACAAAACCAAGUCUGUAUAAGUAGAGCAACACCGACGUCUUCUCACUUUAACUAGUACAAAACCAAGUCUGUAUAAGUAGAGCAACACCGACGUCUUCUCACUUUAAUUAGUACAAAACCAAGUCUGUAUAAGUAGAGCAACACCGACAAUGUGUUGUUGAGAAACCCAGUGUCAAUGUCUAGUUUUCCCAGUUGUGGGGAUCGUGGUCACUGUGCAGUAGUUUUAUUUCCUGUUGACUAGCGUUAGCCAUAGUCUUAGUUCCCCUCAAGAUGACCUCGAACAGAUAGUCAGAAGUCAGAAGAUACAGUCAGAAGUUUACAUACACUUAGGUUGGAGUCAUUAAAACUUGUUUUUAAACCACUCCACAAAUUUCUUGUUAACAAACUAUAGUCUUGCAUGACA